CACAAAUGUCUGUUUCAGAUGGAGCAGCUAUCAGAUGAAGAAAUUGACCAUGGUGCUGAAGAAGACAGUGACAAAGAAGAUCAAGAUUUGGACAAAAUGUUUGGAGCCUGGCUGGGGGAGCUAGACAAACUCACUCAGAGUUUGGAUUCUGACAAGCCCAUGGAACCAGUAAAAAGAUCUCCUCUUCGCCAAGAAACAAACAUGGCCAAUUUUUCUUACCGCUUCUCCAUAUACAACUUGAAUGAAGCUCUGAGUCAGGGAGAAACUGUGGAUCUGGACGCCCUGAUGGCCGAUCUUUGCUCAAUAGAGCGGGAGCUCAGCAGUAUCGGUGCAGGAAAUAGUAAGCGUCAAAUCGCAGAAACAAAAGCCUCUCAGAAAUUACCUCCUAGCCGACAUACAACAAAACAUGGCACCUUGAAAGGAUUGUCUUCUUCAUCUAAUAGGAUUACUAAACCAUCACAUGCCAACUACUCCCUGGAGGAUAUUACUGCACAGCUAGACCAGGCCUCUUUGAGCAUGGAUGAGGCUGCUCAGCAAUCCGUACUAGAGGAUGCUCAGCCCUUAGUAACUAAUCAGCACAGAAGAACGGCAUCAGCGGGCACGGUCAGUGAUGCUGAAGUGCGCUCUGUGAGUAACUCCUCUCGCUCCAGCAUCACUUCUGCAGCUUCCAGCAUGGAGUCUUUGGAUAUUGAUAAAGUAACGCGCCCUCAAGAACUGGAAUUGACACAUCAGGGGCAGCCAAUUACUGAGCAUGCUAUUUCUCUGAGAUGUCCCAGCAAGCCGGCCAAGCGUCAUAUUGACUUCACAGAAGAACAGGCUGAGCUGACACCUCACUCCUAUUUGGACAGGGAAACCUCCCUUCUUCUGAGAAACAUUGCAGGAAAACCUUCUCAUUUGCUGACCAAGGAAGAACAAGCAGCAAAAUUGAAAGCUGAGAAGAUCAGAGUUGCCCUAGAGAAAAUUAAAGAGGCACAAGUGAAAAAGCUGGUUAUUAGAGUCCACAUGUCUGAUGAUAGUUCUAAAACAAUGAUGGUGGAUGAGAGACAGACGGUGAGACAAGUGCUGGAUAACCUGAUGGACAAAUCCCACUGUGGUUACAGUUUAGACUGGUCACUGGUAGAAACCAUCUCUGAGUUACAGAUGGAAAGAAUUUUUGAAGACCAUGAAAACUUGGUUGAAAAUCUUCUUAACUGGACAAGAGAUAGUCAAAACAGGCUUAUGUUUAUGGAGCGUAUAGAAAAAUAUGCACUUUUCAAAAAUCCACAGAACUAUCUUCUGGGGAAAAAGGAAACAGCUGAGAUGGCAGAUAGAAACAAAGAAGUGCUGUUGGAGGAAUGUUUUUGUGGAAGUUCUGUAACUAUACCAGAAAUUGAAGGAGUCCUUUGGUUGAAAGAUGAUGGCAAGAAGUCCUGGAAAAAGCGUUACUUUCUCUUGCGAGCAUCUGGUAUUUACUAUGUCCCUAAAGGAAAAGCGAAGGUUUCUCGGGAUCUGGUAUGCUUUCUCCAGCUGGAUCAUGUCAAUGUUUAUUAUGGGCAGGACUAUCGGAACAAAUACAAAGCCCCGACGGACUGUUGUCUGGUGCUGAAGCACCCACAGAUCCAGAAGAAAUCUCAGUACAUCAAAUACCUUUGCUGUGAUGAUGUGAGGACCCUGCACCAGUGGGUCAAUGGUAUCCGCAUUGCAAAGUAUGGGAAGCAGCUCUACAUGAACUACCAAGAAGCCUUAAAGAGAACAGAGUCUGCUUGUGAUUGGACUUCCUUAUCCAGCUCCAGCAUUAAAUCAGGAUCCAGUUCGUCCAGCAUCCCAGAGUCUCAGUCAAAUCACUCAACUCAGUCUGACAGUGGGGUGUCCGACUCCCAGCCAGCGGGACACGUCCGUUCCCAAAGCAUCGUGAGCUCCAUCUUCUCCGAGGCCUGGAAACGAGGCACGCAGCUGGAAGAGUCCAGCAAGGAUAUUCAAAGAGCCUAAAAGAUGUACCCAAAGUUAUUAAACAAGGGUCCUUCCUCUGCUCUUCUCAAACAUCCUUGAACCACAUCCAUGCAUGAGGAGUUCCAUGAAAUCAGUGACUCAAGGUGAUAAUUUGGGCCAUGCUAAGAGGUGCUCGAUGGGCUGGCCAGCAGGUUGUUGGCAAAUUCUAGCUCCCCUUUCUUGAUACAUUUCCUUUAUCCUUCCAAACUUUCUUGUCUUCUGCCUUUUUCUGUCAGAUAUUGUUAUGAUCUUUUGCUGUGAUGUUUAUGAAGCAUUUCUUUGUGUAUUUUCCAGUCAAAUGUAAAGAAUGCCCCCUCUUUACCUGCAUUGCUGGACUUCUGUGUAUGUUGGAUGUCGGUCACAUGAGCAUGUGUGUGUGUGUGUGUGUGUGUGUCAGGCUCCUUCACUCCUGUGACAGUGCACGCCCGCUGAGCAUUCGUACACUCUCAGUGUCAGCUUACUAGCAUCCAAAAGCCACCCUCAUUCUCAGAAGGCCCUCCAUCAGCACUCCUAAACCCAGCGAGGGCACCUGCCUGAUGUGGAUGAGUCAUGGACUGAAACAACUCCGCCAUCACAUCUCCCCUUGCCAGAGUUUGGGUAGGGCAGUGCUCAGAGGGCGGGCUCCUGCUUGGAACAGCCUGCCACCAUCAGGCAGCACUGCAGCAGGAAGCUGUUCUAGACUGCUGGGCAGUCGAGCUAUUUCAAAAUGUUGGAUAAACAGACUUCCCCUGCGCCUUCGCUGCCCAGGGAGCCAGAUUUUAGCCUU